AUGGCUGCUACUGUACGGCCUCAAUAUUCUUCGCCCGUUGGCACUGUGUACAGAGAUAUAUUCCUUCUUUUGCUAGAUCAAAUGCAACGGCUAGACUCACUCAGGUAUGCUAAGUGGCAGGAAGAGCUGGAAGAGCAAUUUUCAUCAUGGAUACCUGAUUGGUCUAAUCUUGAGGUUGAGCCAACAGCUUAUGGGAAUCUUCCAUCAGCAGCUUCUCUCUCAAGGGCGCAUGCCACAUUUGUUUCUCCCAACUUGCUACAAGUAACUGGUAUAUUUUGCGCAACUGUCUCAUUUGUCUGCGAUCCCGUUGGGCGACAAGCUGCUCAUAUUUCAGGGGCAAUUCAAAGAUGGGCGCCUGAUAAUCUACAAACCGGUUCUGUUUCAGGCGAUAUUAUAUGCGCUAUAUUGGGAUGUGCUUUCCUGAUUGUUCUACGACCUGCGCCUUCGAACAGGUACUGCGUCGUGGGCAUUUCCUCUUUGCAUGGAUUUACCGAUGGAGAGGCUCUUCUGGGACCUUUACUAUCGCCUUGGAAAGUGCGAAUAAAGCUUGACUCCAACGGCUAUGACAAGAUUUACUUCAUCAAUUCCUUAACGGGUGAGAGUACUCACGAAGAUCCACGACUGGAGGCAUUGCCAUCACAUUGGGAAGAGCUUGAAGCUGUGCGAACACAGGAUGAUCCAUUACUCUUUGGGCGGUUCAGAAAUAAACUUACUAGAGAAGUUUGGAACUCCGAUCCACGCCUACUUCCGGAAGCUUUGGAAAAGCGUGGCGUGAAAAUUGAGACUUUUGAGCUUGUCUAA